AUGGACUACCCGGACUGCGAUUCCACCUGGGAGGACGAGCGCGAGGAAGACCACGAGGUCGGCCAGUCAGACCAUAAGGGCGACAAGGAUGGCGACGUGAAGGAGACACGGCCAGGCGUGUUCCAGUCCAGGAUGACCCGGUACCGAAACUGGCAAGCUAUGCAGGACAUGCGAAGGUAUCGGUACCACUACCCGGAUUUGGCAUAUCAAGACUGCAAUGGCGACAUAUCUAACCCGAGCUUCUACAAAAAUGAGAUCUGCUUCCAGCCAAACGUUCUUUUCAUUGAGGAAAUUCUUCACAACUGGAAAGACAACUAUGACCUCCUUGAAGAGAAUCACUCCUAUAUCCAGUGGCUGUUUCCUCUGUGGGAACCAGGAGUGAACCGGCAUGCCAAGCCCCUCACACUCAAGGAGGUUGAGGCAUUUAAAAGCUCCGAGGAGGUCAAAGAGCAUCUUGUCCGGGCCUAUGAUGAAUUCAUGCUGGGCUUUUAUGGGAUCCAACUUGAGGACCGGGACACAGGUGCCGUCUGCCGUGCACAGAACUUCCAGCCACGCUUCCACAACCUCAACAGUCACAGGCACAACAGCCUGCGUAUUACCAUUCUCAAUUCACUGGGAGAGCUGGGCUUAGAGCACUACCAGGCACCGCUGGUCCGCUUCUUUCUGGAGGAGACACUGGUACAGCACCAAUUGCCCAGCGUGUGUCAGAGUGUCCUGGACUACUUCAUGUUCGCUGUGCGUUGCAGACACCAGCGCCGGGAGCUUGUGUACUUUGCAUGGGAGCACUUUAGACCUCACUGCCUGUUUGUCUGGGGGUUCCGUGACAAGCUGCGGAGGCUCAGGCCUCAUGGUAUACCCCGGCCACUGAUGGUACUAGGGCAGGCAGAUAAGGAUGAGGGCUCCAGGAAGCCCUUCCAGGGUUGGACCUUUGGAUCUGGAAGGGACCUGAGUGGGGACAGUGGAACAGCUGAGAAUCCCUCAUGGCUGAGCACAAAGCCCCAGGAUUCUGGAACUCUGGAUGAGGACCAGGACCUGAGGAAGAGGCUGAGUCACUGAGCCCAAAAAGAGAGCAAGAAGAGGAAGUUGGAGGGGAACAGGCAGGAGCAGGUCCCAGGGGAGUCAGAUGUAGAAAGAACUGCCCUCAACCUUGAGGAGUGUGCCCUCAGCUCUGUCAGCCAGAAACCCAGGGAGGCUGAACAGCCCUGCCCUGUUACCCAUGGGGCCAGAGUGGCUGAUGAGGUAAGAAAACGGAGGAAAACGAUGGAGGAGAGGGCUGAGGGUGAUGGAGUAGCCAGUAACCAUCACACUGACAUGCAGGCCCAUGCCCCGCCUCCUACGCCUUCAGAGGGCCCUGAGGCCCAAAAGGAUGAGAAUGGGCCAGAGGACCCAGAAAGCCAGGUGGGGCCAGAGCAAGGUGCCCCUGGG